AUGGCCCUGGAAGCCAACAAUGAAGCCAUACAGUGCAAGGUUUUCUCCACGACUUUCUCUGGGCUAGCCCUGUUGUGGUUUAGGCAGUUGAAACCUGGAUCUGUCAACAGUUUUGGUGAUCUCCGCAGAGACUUUCUCCAACAGUAUAACACUAACCGUGAGGCACCAAGAACGAUGGCAGAUCUCUACCGAAUCGAGCAAGGGAAAAAUGAACAUCCAAAAUCAUACCUGCAACGUUACAUCGACCUCGUACAUCAAAUCCACGAUGUCGAACCAGUCACCGCGGCUAACCUCUUUGUCAAAAGCCUACAGGUGGGAUCUCUCCUACAUGAAAACCUCACCAUGACACCACCUUAUGACAUGGCCGAGAUCCAGAUCCAUGCCGAGGGUGUCUUUAGGGUCCUGGAAUUUCGAGAGCAUGCGCAGAAGAAAUUCGCACUUAUCUCCACUCCACCAGCAAAUAACCCUCCUCCCCCACCUGCAAGGGGCGACAAGAGGAAGAGACAGGAGACGGAUCACAUGAAAGGAGGGAAAAGGCCAAAACCAAAUCGAGACCCACCACGAUACCCCUCUUUCGAAUACACCAUCCCUCAGGAGGUCAUCUACGAAGAAAACAAAGACAGGCCCAUCUGGCGUGACCCGUACAAAAUUACCACUCCCCCUGAAAGAAGAGAUAAAAGCAGGUUCUGCCUCUUCCACAAGGAUCAUGGCCAUACAAUCUCCGAGGGCCACAACCUCCACAAUCAGAUCCAGGCCUUCAUGAGAAAUGGAUGGUUAACCCAGUACAUUAAAGGGACAAGCAGACCCAUCGUCCCACAACCCAACACUACUUCUGCCCCAACACCACCAGUAGCAGACUCCUUGAAUAUGGCCACCAUGACCUCACAAGAGCCUCUAAAGAAAAUCCCCAUGAUACACGAGAUCGUGGAACUCACCGAGGAACAAGAGCAGGCAACCAAAAUUCGUAGAAGAAUGGAAGAAACGAUGAAGUGA